UUGAAACAAAUCAAUCUUUGCAGACGACUUUCUUAACAAAAAAAAAAGGUCCAUAUCUGACAUGCUAGGAAAAGGAUUUGGACUGACAAAUUACCCCAGAGGAACAGGGGUUGAUCUGGGAAAGAGCAGCAACUGUAGCAUGAUACAAGAAAAUGUCUUUAAGAUACUGCUUCAGUGGUACUUCACGUCGGUCAGAUUAAAAAUAGAGAUUGAAUGGGGAUAAAUGUUGGAAAAACCAUGAUGAAAGAGGAGGUUGUAUGUAUGUAGGGUGGAACAUUGGGAUACAAUUUGUAAUAAAUAUCCAACAAUUUGUGAAGUUUGAUUAUGAAAGAUCCUCUGAUAAUCCUUCUAGCAAAAAUGGUCACACAAACAGAAUGCAGAAUUAAUCUCUCAUCUGCUAGUAGCUGCUAAGAUACUGCUAGCCUCCCAUCAGGAAAAUAAAUAGUCCAAAUCUAGAGAACUGGUUCAAAAAAUGUGGCAGAUUAUGGAAAAAUUAAUGCACCAAUUAUAUACUCAGCAAAACAGACAAAGGACACUUAGAUAUUUGGUUACCAUUUAUUCAAUACUCAAAGUACAUUCUCCGGCAAAAUACCAGUGCACCUGUCCAAUUUUUUUGAAUAUUACUAUUUGAUAGACAGGCCUGGCUUGUUCAAUAUGUGCAAUCAGAGAUUUCACUGUCUGUGAUAAAAUCAUAGAACCCGCGUUCUGUGGGUAUUGGAAAGAGACUUGCUCUGUCAGUGGUAGCACCCUGUGAAAUGGAGAGAGCUGAUUUAUUGUAUGACUAGGUUGUUCUAAAGAAGAGCUCACUGUUGUAAUGACUGUUUUGUCUCCAACGUUUACAUGGCAGAGAUUUGUAAACCUGUUAAACCUUCCUAAAUAAAUAGUUAGAGAAGAUUGUGAGUGGCCGAGGAGGGAACAUCUGUCCCUACAGUGGCGCUGCUAUCAAAGGGCCUGGGAGAAGCUCUGUUCAGCACCUUGGAGUCUACAGGCAGAAGGAGACUCGCAGCACUUGGAACCCUGUCCCUGGAAGCACAGCACUGUUCCUCGCAUGCAGAAAAGGAAAUUGGAACGAAUGUGGAUUUGUCCCUAUUCCACAGCUAGCAUGGAAGAGUGCAUCAAAGGGUAGAGCACAAGUCAGAGGUGCAGGGAUCCCAAACUCACAAGACUCAACGCUCUUGUCAACCCAUGCCACCUACCUGCAGAAAUCAAGAAAGCUUCCAACACCUCCAUCUCCAGACAGGAGUGCACCUCCUUUCCUGCAAGAAGGUUGGUGGUGAUUGGACGUCUAACAUAGUGAAUGCCAGUGAAAAUGAGCAGAUGGGAUCAUGAGUGAGAAGGAGGCGGAGAGCCCUCUGCAGGGAGGUCCUGAGGAAGAGGGUAGACCCAAAGGGAACAUCCCCCAGGAAGUUGGCUCAGACAGUCCUGGCGGGUCGGAGUUGCUGGGGGGAAACAACAGAGAGCAGCAGCCCCUGGGCAGAUCCCCGCUCUGGGGGAGAGGGCUCCAAUUCAAAGAGAAACGCUACAACUGCACUGACUGUAACAAGAGCUUCAGCCAGAGCUCCCACCUCAUCCGGCACCAGGGCACCCACACUGGCGAGCGCCCCUACAAGUGCUCUGACUGUGGGAAGAGCUUCACCCAGAACUCCAACCUCGCCCAGCACCAGCGGGUGCACACAGGCGAGCGCCCCUACCAGUGCCUUGACUGCGACAAAAGCUUCACCCAAAGCUCCCACCUGACGGAGCACCAGCGCGUGCACCAGGGUGUCAAGCCCUACAAGUGCACCAACUGCAACAAGAGCUUCAGCCAGAGCUCCCACCUCCUGCGGCAUCAGGGCACCCACACGGGCGAGCGCCCCUACAAGUGCCCCGACUGCGGGAAGAGCUUCAGCCAGAACUCCAACCUGGUGCAGCACCAGCGCAUCCACACGGGUGAGCGCCCCUACAAGUGCGGAGAGUGCGGGAAGAGCUUCAGCUGGAGCUCCAACCUCAUCGAGCACCAGCGCGUGCACACGGGCGAGCGGCCAGACAAGUGCCCCGACUGCGGGAAGAGCUUCACCCGCAGCUCUGCGCUCAUCCAACACCGGCGCAUCCACAAGGGGCUGAGGCCCUACAAGUGCACACAGUGCGGGAAGAGCUUCAACAAGAGCUCCCACCUCAUCCGGCACCAGGGCACCCAUGCCGCUGGAGAGCUGCCCUGCACGUGCGCCAGUUGUGGGAAGAGCUUCACCCGGAGCAUCCAGCAGAGGCCACGGCCACACCACUGUGCUGAGUGUGAGACACGCUUCUCCCGCAUUGCUGGCAGCCAGCCGCGAGCUGAUGUGGCAGUGAAGCCCUACAAGUGCGGGGAAUGUGGUAGGAGCUUCGGGCGCAGCUCAUAUCUGGUGCAGCACCAGCGUAUCCACACGGGCGACAGACCCUACAAGUGCGGGGACUGCGGGAAGGGCUUCGGGGUCAGUGCCCACCUCACCCGGCACCAGCUCAGCCAUGCAGGUGACCGGCCCUACCGAUGUCCCCAGUGUGGAAAGACCUUUGGGGAGAGCACAAAGCUGUUGAGCCACCGGCUGAGCCAUGCGGGUGAGCGCCCCUACCAGUGCCCUGACUGCAAGAAGAGCUUCUGCAAAAGCUCCCACCUGGUCAGCCACCAGCGCACCCACACUGGAGAGCGGCCCUACCACUGCACCAUCUGUGGCAAGAGCUUCUGCCAGAGCUCCCACCUCAUCCGACACCAGGGCACCCACACGGGGGAGCGCCCCUACAAGUGCUCCGACUGCGAGAAGAGCUUCACCCAGAGCUCCAACCUCGCCCAACACCAGCGCAUCCACACAGGGGAGCGCCCCUACCAAUGCACUGACUGCGGGAAGAGCUUCAGCUGGAGCUCCAACCUCAUAGAGCACCAGAGAACCCACCUAGCACAGAAACCCUGAACAUGGGGCUGGCCAACGUGUCUGUUUGCUGAGCAAGCUCCCAACAUUGCAAUAAACAGCAUGGGGCCAGCAGGACACUUAAUAGGGGGAGAAAUUACUGAGUGUACAAUGCUGAAGACUAGAAACCUUCCCCAGGAGUUAGACUUCACACUGCCAGCGGCGGCUGCCCGCCCCAGCCUCGCCUGUUGCAAGAUCCGGGAGAUGAUCCCACUUGCCACAGGAGCUAAGGAACCUGUAAUAAGGCAAGUCUAAGGGGGUCUAACUUAUGCAUUCUUUCAACCUCAUAUGGACAGGCUGUCUACAUAGACACUGGCAGACAGAGUGCAGGCCAUUUCAGUCCCAUGGGCAGCUCCCCUAGCAUUUGUUUCUUCUUUUUGUCUGUUCUGGCCAAACUCCAUCCCAGGAUUUUAAUUCCUGUUGGACAUCUAGAUUCUAUUCCCAUUUUUUUUAAAUUUGCUUUUAAUACUAUAUUUCCUGUUGUAUUGCAGUCUCUCCCCAUAUGAAAUAAAACCUGUCCAGCAUA